AUGGCGAUCACUACCAUUACCACUACCACUACCAAUCCAGGCCAACACUACAAUAGAUUCGAAGAAGCAAAAAAGUUAGAUGAAUCAAAAACCAGAGUCAAAGGCCUCGUUGAUCCAGGCCUCACCACUAUCCCUCACAUCUUACACCACCCACCUCAAAACUCACCCAACCCAAAACCCUCAACUCGAAACCCCAAACUAUCACUCCCCAUUGUCGACCUCUCUAGCACCCGGUCAACAGUGGUUGACCAGAUCCGUCACGCUGCCUCAACCAUUGGGUUCUUCCAAAUUAUCAACCAUGACAUACCAAAAAUUGUCAUGGACCUUAUGCUCUCAUCUAUCAAGUCUUUCCAUGAAUUACCAGACACCACUAGGAUGCAAUGUUAUGGUAGAGACAUGUCUCAUGGUGUUGCGUACUAUACUAACGUUGAUUUGUACAAGUGCAAGGAAGCUAAUUGGAGGGAUUCACUGGAGGUCUGCUUGGGCCCCACACCUCCGGAACCAGAAUACGCUCCAGAGCCGGAGUUGACAGUGGGUCUCAAGUGGCAUACGGAUCCGGUGGGGUUGACGGUGUUGUUGGUGAAUGAGGUUAGGGGGUUGCAAGUGAAACAUGUUGAGGAUUGGAUUGAUGUGAAGCCUGACCCUAGUGGUCUCAUUGUCAACAUUGGUGAUAUUCUUCAAGAAGCCACAUGUGAUUUUGAAGAAACUAUGAUAUCCAACGAUGAAUAUAAAAGUGUGGAACAUCGAGUGUUGGCGAACCCCUCUCGUGAGCCACGAGUCUCAAUUCCAGUAUUCUUCACUUCAAGAAUGACAGAGAACAUGUACGGGCCAUUAUCAGAAGUAGUGUCUCCAGAGAAGCCGGCGGCUUAUCGUCAAUUCACAAUCUCAAAUUUUAUGGAAAAAUACUACUCGGAGGAGUUGCGUGGCAAGUCUGUGAUGAAUGCAUACAAAGUCUCCAACAUAUAA